CUUGCUCUCUCCUCCAUCUCCAUCCCCAUCCCCAUCCCCAUCCCCAUCACAACCGCCAUCACGGCCACCAUCAGUGCCUCCUCCUCCUUGCUAUCAUCUUUGGUGCAGUGCGUUCCUCAUUCCUCAACCAAUUCGCUUUGUCGUGGGUUCCUCAUUCGCCACCGCAAGCACCGACCACCUCAAAGUCUAUUUCUAUUUCCCACUCAGUCCCUUUUGCUGUUUCUUUCCUUCUCUUCUUCGCACCCUUGUGCUCAUCUCUUUUUCUUUUCAAUUCUUUUCAUUCGCACCAUCGACUAACCUCGUAUAUAAAAACCGCCUCCUCCCUGCUCGCCUUCUGCUGAUUCCCUUCAAAUGAACCGCGACCAGCAACCGUCCGGUCUGGUGACGCCCCCGCUCGUCGCGCCUCUGCCCAUCCAGACCCGCCAGACCCCCGACCAUGCGCCUCAAGACAGCAGCUGGAAGGCCGUCGGCAGUCCUCCCCGACGAGCCUCUAUUUCUCCGCCCGGCGAACACGCCAAGGGCAUCGUCCCCAAGGGUACGGAGACCGAGAGCAAAAGCGAGAGCGCUCAUUAUCAGCAGCCUGAAGACAAGCGAGACAACAAAGACAACAAGGACACGCAGCAAUCUCUUUCUCAACGGUCGCACGACCCUCAGAACCAGCAACUGGGCCAGAGUCAGAAUCAACCGCGGCAGCAACGGCAAGUAAAGGCGGCUAAUCCUGCUGUAUCAGAGCCAACAAUCCUUCGUGAGAACAUUGAUAAAGCAUCGUCCAAAUCAGUCGUGUCCCGUGCCCCAGACACCGCCCCCACCGCACGCGACCCCUUGGAUUCGAAACCAUCACACGCGACUGCCUCGGCACUACCUUCGCCCCCAGAGCAGCUUGAUUCCAAGCAGAGUUCCCUCCAGGCCUUCACCUCGCAACCACCCCAGAUAGGGAGCCUCUAUACUACCUCGUCUUUGCGACUUGAUGGUCUGCUCGGUGACUCGGGACCCAAGGUUCAUGCAACCACUUUGACCACUUCCAGCGCGAGCCCUUCAGAUAUCCGACGCGGUCAGGAUCUUUCCUUUGGUUUACUCGAAAACAGCUCUGAGAAUUAUCAAGGGCAGCAGCAGCAGCAAUAUCAACAGCAAUAUCAACAGCAAUAUCAGCAGCAAUACCAACAGCAGCAGCAGCAGCAGCAGCAGCAGCAGCGUUAUGGCAAUAAUGGAGGCUACCAGGCCGUGUCCAAGGGACCCGGUGAGCCCGAUCAUGUGACAACCGCCGCAGGAAAUGGCCUGGAGUCCCCUCUCAGCAUGUCUUCAUUUAUCUGGAGCGGCCAUGUGCCUGGUCAGCAUGGCGCCAGCCCCACAACCACCCUGGCUACGGCCCUUGGCAGUUUGACAACCACUCUUGGACAGGAUGCCACCAGCGCAGACAAUCAGUUUUUCUCCAUGUCAGCUGCUCUUCAUGCCGAUCCAUUCGUGCCUGGGCACGGCCGCCCUGUGCGAAGCCUAUCGCUCUCUGAGCCUCUUGGAUAUCAGACAGGCUUUGGCAACACCUACAGCAGAAACAGUACUGCUAGCAAACCCAGCGGUUACGGCCAGGGCGAUGGGGACGCCCUUGGAGCGUACAAAAUGUCGCUGCCCACGAUGGCGGAGGAGAUUGAAGACACAUUUGAGCACUCUCGUGCGAGUCGAGCCCGCAGCUAUUCUACUUCUGCCGCAUUUGGGCCAGGAACUUAUUACAGAUCGCUAUCCAGCUCCACGUUUGCGCCUCCAAUAACCAAUGAUCCUUUUGCGUCCUCCACGGCAACCUCGGGCUCCCUGGGGCUUCUUGACAAUCAGAACCAGCAUCCGUUUGUGCAUCGCAAGCUCUCGGUGGGAUCCGCCUGGCCUAGCGCCUCUCAACGCAGUGACGAACAUAGCCGUACUGGCGUAGCGCCAGCCCAUCGUCGAUCCAUCACUUCGAGCACCUAUGGUGCCCCCAUCUGGGAAUCAGCCACCACGGCCUCCACGUCCAAUGCACAGCUGCCUUCCGUGCAGCCUGCCCUUGAACAAGAGCGGAUCGAGCGCCAGCGAGUUCCCCGGCGGUUCUCUGUGGCACCCUCCUCUGGAUUCCAGGCUUACGACCAUUUUCUCGAAGCGGAACACCAUGGGGGACCCUCGGUUUCGAAUGGCUACAGCAGCAAGUAAGAUCUGAUGCUUUUAAGGUUUUCUUGCUUUCACGACGCGAGAGCUACGGCAAAUCCUGCUAGGUUUGGAACCCCGACUAUC